GUCGACUUAGUGCAUUAUUUAACGCUUUUCAUAUAAGCGUUCGUCUUCCUAUUUCUCUUUGUCUUCUUCUGUCUGGUUGAUUUCGUUACGGCGGAGGAUCACUUUUCAUUCAAGUAUUGGGAACUCACAGUGGAUUCUACACGGAAGAAUGUGGGCUACUUGAGCAUCCUCCCAUGGAGACCACAAAGAGCCUGUUCUCGCUUUGGCUUGUGACCCAUGUUAUGCUGUGUGUCCUAGUUACUCCCAUUGCUGCAAUCAAGAAAACAAACUGCACAUCUAUUUACGGGAAUAAUCAAACCGAAGUAUCUUUCAAACGAGUCGAGUACUGCUACAUCACCGUAGGGUAUACCAUACCCGUGGAAUCACUAGAAGGUGGGGACGAGGCCCUAAACACGCCCUUCGCACAACGCACCAAUGAGAACAAGAUACUUCAGUGCGCACGCGCGUCCGCAGGCCGGGGAUACAGUGUAUUCAUUUUGAACAAUGGCGGCGAGUGUCGAAGCAGCUCUUCAGCAGCAUCGAAUUACGCAAGUCGCCCUGAUGAGUUCUGCUCCUACAGCUCGACAUCUGGUUGUAUUUUAUUCGGAACUCACGGGGACUGCAGUGGUCGUACCUCUAUUGACUGUAGUGACAGCUGUGGAACGGGUUACGGAUCCUCAAAAUACUACAAUGCCUACAUAAUCAACAAUCAAUUUAUCAUCUCCGUCUGGUUGGUGUAUCCUGCGGAAGCAAAAAACAUAGCCCUGAAAACAAUGUUCCGUUCGGACAUACAGGAACGAACGAACGAAUUCAUCAUCAUCAAGAAUGAGUUAAAAGCCGCAAUCGAUAGUAAUUUAGUGUGUGGCCUUGACGUGAUUAUGGACAAAAAGACAGACUACAUCUUCAGGCCUACACCAACAGGGGGUGUCAUGGUUAACGUUCAGUUCAGUACAACGUACAACAACUCUGAGGAAAUGCAUAAUAAUCUUCGCACUAUUGGCCUUUCUAUGCUCAAUGUUUCUGCCGUGUACACGCAGCAAAAAACAGGGCCUUGUGAAACUCCUUCUUUGAGUAUAAGCGUUUCCCCGUCCAUGAGCACCAACAUUUCGUCAGCAACUUCUGCCUACCGACAAGACGGCUUUUUCCCCACAAUCACCAUCAACAUGCUGAGCUGCAUGACGCAGAACAUUAGUCUACUCUCGGAGGUUGAGCUUUUUGUGUAUUCUGCAGAAGUCGACAAGAAUGAGACGCGUCUAGAUAACUUCACGUUACUUUGCAACUCCACCCACAUUCCGGCACAAUCUAUUAGCAUAAAAACCUGCGGAAUCCCGCCAAGAACAUACCAACCUGGCGUGAUAUACCUGCAGAUAGAGGCCAAAUGGAAUGCUAGAGAGACCGUGAGCCAUUUCGUGCAUGGCUUCGUGAACAUCACCCUGGCACCCCUGGUGGCAGCAAUACAUGGUGGCAGCUCUGUAUAUCAAUCUUUAAAUAUGCCUAAAUUCCUUAACGCUACCGGCUCUUAUGACCCGGAGUAUUACGAAUCAGCACAUCAGGCGAAUGCUGGAAGUGACUUGAAUUUCUACUGGGUCUGUUACAGAAGUACUGACACACCACCUACAUUGAGCUCUAUAGAAGACGUGAUGGCAUUACCGGUUGUAGAUAUUACCAACUCAAGUAGUUCAAGUAGAGGCUGUUUUGGUUCAGGCGUUGGCCGUCUGACACUAAAUAAACAGACGGGAUGGUUGGACACAAGUAGAAUGCCUCUAUCGGGAGUGUUUUAUUUGGUUCUCCUUGUUGGAAAGGAUAUACGCUUCAACAAGUACUCCCAGACUAUGAGAAUAGCAACAAAACCACCCGAGUACAAUGUCACAUGUGUCAGCAACUGUUUGAGUCGUAUGAAGCCUACUUCGAAGCUUGCAGUGCAGAGAGUUUGCAAGCAAGCAUCAUGUUCGUCACCUGCUCACACAUUUUCCUGGAAGCUGGAGGUCGAUAGCGGGAGGCGCGCAAUUGACGGUUCAGAUGUGUUUUGGUACGACAUUACUCCAACCCUUCUAAGUAAUCUUCUUACUCCAUCCACGGGCAAUGACAUCCUACUCAAGGCUAACGUACUAACACCAAAUAUAACUUACAGAGUCGUCUUUGAAGCCUCCCACUCGGGAGGAGGAAAGACUUAUGGGUACCACACAUUCAUAACGAACAUAUCACCCAAGUUUGGGUCGUGCUUGUCCGACCGUGCAGUAGGGAGAGCAGGCACUGAAAAAUUCGUGGUCUCAAUGGACGGAUGGUAUGAUGAAGACCUUCCUCUUAGUUACGAGGUCUGGGUUUUAAGUGAUAAGAACAGGGAGGAUACGGUUGAUAAAAUAAUUUAUUACGGAGAAAGCGCAAUGGCAGCGGUGGUGCUGCCUGUUGGUAACUCGUCCAUUGACUACUUGGUACAGCUCAAAUGUGUUGUGUAUGAUUCACUUUUGUCAUCGACAGAUGCGUUUCUAAAUGUUACGUCCAUAGCCCCAGCAGACCCGGUGAACGAGUUACAGGUUCUACUUUCUGAUCCUGAUGGGGAUGCGAAUAGCGACGAUGAUCAGAAAAAGUUACAGACGUUCUUAGCCGGUCUCAGCCUUUUAGAGGAUGAAUACGCGGGGAAUGCCUCCGUAGAAGACAAAACAAAGACCAGGGACUUCAUGAUAAAGUCGAUGUCUACCAUGUCUCCAAAUGGAACUCAAGGGAUCACUCAAGUCACUGGUACUCUUAUCGACUGCACUUCAAAGGCCGAGGAAGUAUCGAUAGAGUCACAGAUGGAUUCGGUAGACAUGGCAGGCAACCUAACCUCACUAUUGGAGAGUGAAGGCAAUUCAUCGAGUAUUGAUGUCGAAACGAUUGACAAAACAGGAGGUUACCUUCUGCAUCUCUGCGGUAACGUCAUCGGUGGCGCUGCAAACGUCGCAUUUAACAGCAACAUGACUAUCAAUAGCACCUCCGGGAACGGUACGGAUGGCAACAGUACCAUAUCCAAGAUUAAAGCAGUAUCAGAGAAGUCAUUGCAGAUGACGGAAAAUGUCGCAACCCUACUAGCGUCUAAGAUGAUGACGGGGGAGCCUUUGAAGAACUUUUCUAGUCCGAGUAUCGGGAUGUCCCUUGCUAAGACUUCAGCUGACCAGGCGCCUAAGUCAUUUGUCAUCAAAGGCGGCGAAUUUGAUGUUCCUGAGGAGAUGGCUGGUCUUCUAAAAUCUGAUCCGUCUGGGGGAUCCGUGAUCAGCCAGUCCACUUUGACAGUAGCCAACCCAUUCUUCUACAGCAAUGACAGCAACUCUACCACCCGCGUGCGAUCGCCCGUCGUCAGCCUUACCUACAAAAUGGAGGGUGGGAAAGAGUUUGUUGUGAGGAACCUCUCUGAGCCGUUCAAGAUUAAAGUACCACUGCCACCGAAGAGUAAAUCAGAAAACGCCAGCGAUUUCCCGUUUUUCGUGAAUCCUGGUCCAAUUCUGACAAUGCACAAGUUUACUAUCGAGCAUAACAACACCGCCUUUGACUUGAGGAUUCAACCCGAAAACGAGGUAUUUGUGACGGUCUAUGUGCGGUUUGGAGCAAGACCUAACAUUCGCGAUCACGACAUGGAGUUCCAUCACCCGGAUCUCUCAUCAUGUGUUGAGCCAAUAGCACGUGACAACUGCACGGGCGUCUUUGACUUUAACGAAUGCAUUGGGCUCACGCAAGACGUGAAUUACACAAGUUUUGAGUGGUGUAGAAAAUGGCCUAACGUAAACUUUCUCUAUAAUUCAUCAUUGACGCGCAACCAGACAAUGUGUAGUGCGUUUGAAGAGCAGGUCACAUGCGUGCCACCGUCUGUCACACCUGAGUGUAAUGCAACGUGCGUAGGCCCUAAUUGUACAAUGGCUAACUCGACAUCUGGUAACUCCACUAGUGGCAAUUUGACUUCCGGGUGUCAUGCUAAUUAUUCAAACUUUUCCAACACAAGUAGUAACGCGACAGGUAGUAACGUGACAAGAAGUGGAGCGAGCUCUUUGUGUGCGAACGUCGUGGAAUUUUUGAAAUGUUACAAUAUAUCCGAGGAACGAUUCCAGAAGUGCAAAGGACUAUUAAAGAACAAGAAGCUGUAUUAUGGCAAGUACGAGAAAUGUCUCAAAGACCCUUACCGGAUAUAUUUCGGGCUAGACGAUUUCGGAAAAUCUGGCGUGUACUAUGCAGCGGUUCGAUACCCUGCUGGUCCAAAACCAACCGACCCUCCGACUACUGCACCCCCGACUACAAAACGACCAACUAAUCCACCUCGCAAUUUGACAACUGAAACGCCAACAACCAGACAGUGGCAGACGUGGUUAACGGGGAAAAAGCCAAACAAUAAAAGGGAAGAUGAUAAGAGGAGAAAAAAAAGAGAUCUUGGUGGUACAACCUGGCAGGAUGAUGAGGACAGUGAUCCGAUAUCAGGAAAGGAUAGAGUGGAAAACGAUGAAGACGAUCAAUGGCAAACGGAAGUAGUCUUCGACAACCGAGAGGAGUCUGAUGAAAGCAACAGUGAUUUAGUUGAAAAUAUUGGUGUUGGCAUUGGACCUGUACCACUUCGGGUUAGACGUGCGGCGGUAGAAGUUAACUCCACAGACAAAACUAAUGUCAGCACGACUACUUUUAAAGGACGCCGUUGCGCGCCGGUGGAAGAAAAACCUGCCCCUACCGGUCCCCCUCCGCCAGUGACCUUUCCGCCAGUCAUCCCACAAGACUUCAACGCUUCGACGUCCUUAGAGUACAAAUUUGACAUAAACUUGUACUCGUGUUUGUACUGGGACAAAGAUAAAGAGGUGUGGAGCACAGACGGGUGCGAGCCCCACACAAACUCAACACCAGAACUCCUUGUUUGUAUGUGCAAUCACCUUACCUCUUUUGGAGCUGGCGUCAUGGUGGCUCCCAAUCCGAUCGACUUUGACCAAGUCUUCGCCAACUUUGCCAAUAUAACAGCCACAGGGAACUUCUCUGUGUUGUUCACGGUUUGUGGGCUGUUUCUUCUGUACAUCAUUGCGAUUAUCCUUGCCAGACGCGCCGAUAAACGGGAUAAGAAAAUGGUCGCAAAUGCUGUUUUAGCAGCCCCAGUCCCAACCAGCAAAUCCGGCUAUUCUUACCAAGUCAGCGUGUACACAGGGACCUUCAGAGGAUCCGGCACAACAGCUAAGGCCUCCUUAAUUAUCAGUGGCGAUCAUCAUGACAGCCCUAUAAUACCUCUGACAGACGCAAGCGGGAAUUCAGAGGAGGUAUUAUCUCGCGGGAACGUGGCACAGUUUAUAGUGAACACCCCAGUUUGUCUAGGCCCCAUCAACUACAUUCACAUAUGGCACAACAACGCCGGUGACGACCCCUCUUGGUUUCUAAGACAAGUCGUCAUUGAAGACGUCCAGACUAUGAAAAAGAUGUUUUUCUUGCUCAGUGACUGGCUGGCGCUUGAUAAGGGCGAAGGCAUCGUGGAAAAGAUCAUCUACACAGCUACGCAAAAGGAAAUGGGAAAAUUCAAGAAUCUCUUUUAUACUCACACAUCAAAGAGUUUCAGUGACAAACAUUUGUGGAUCUCGGUUGUGCUUCGCUCACCAUUGAGUCCAUUUACGCGUGUCCAGAGAGUCACAUGCUGUCUUUCGCUGUGCCUAUGUGCAAUGCUUGCCAACGCCAUGUUCUAUCAGAUUGAUGGUGGGUCCGACAAUGAGAUUACGAUUGGACCAAUAACCCUCAGCCUGAGGCAGAUUAUGGUGGGUGCACAGAGCAGUCUGGUCAUAAUUCCACUAAACGUGCUGAUCAUCUUCAUCUUUAGAAAAGUGCGUCCAAAGAAAAAAGAUGAGGAUAAAACACGCAAAUGCAAUACUAGUGCAAAGCCUGCUAAGGACGCUGAUGAGUCGGCUGCUAAGAAGAAAAAGAAGGGGCGUACGCUACCUCACGGGUUUGUGUACGUGGCUUACGUUCUGUGUUUACUAAGCUCUCUUACGUCGGCAGCAUUCGUGCUUUUCUACAGCAUGAUGUGGGGUACCGAAAAGUCUAACCAAUGGAUAGCAUCUGUAAUGAUCUCUCUGGUACAAGACAUCUUCCUUAUUCAACCUUUCAAGGUAAUCCUUAUUGCUACAAUGCUAUCACUGAUCUUCCGCAAGCCUCCAGAAGACGAAGAAAUUGCAGGAGAGCAGGCUGCGCCAGCAGCGCCCAAGAUGAGUGCAGAGCAGAACAAGCUAAAGUACGUGAAACCCCCGGAAGAAUUGCAAGAACCUCCUCUUGACCAAGGAAAAGUACAAGAAUUGCGCGAGCGAAGACAGAAGGAGAACAAGGUGAGGGGCAUGCUCAGGGAAAUUGUCUUCCACUUGGUGUUUUAUUUGGCUCUGUCAGCCACGAUCCUCGGUGUGGAAUCAAGUCAUCGGUAUCGUCUGAGCAACCACUUGCAGGAUGUCUUCAAAAGUAGUGAAAAGGUUAUGGAUUCUAGAUUGUUCUGGGAAUGGUGCGAUAGCUACCUUGUUCCUGGCCUCUAUGACACUGCAUGGUACAACAACCAGAAUUUUACCGAAGAGACAGGCACCAUUUCUACCAAGAAAGCCUUCCUGGUUGGCAUGCCUCGGCUGAGACAGACGCGUGUUAAACAAGUCUCCUGCAAAGGCACGGAGGAAUACCCCAGGCUCCAAGAAAUGUUCCCAUACUGCUAUCCAAGCUACUCCAUCUUGAACGCGGACGAUUCAUCGGCGAAAAGCGCACUUACUGGAAACUCCACCGUCUCCCUAAACGAAUCUCAGCUGAACGCGGAAAUCGGCUUCGAGAGGAUCUGCCUCCAGCCGCUCAUCUUCCAAUCAGGAAUUCACUUGGGCACAUUGCCCGUGGUGACGGAUGAUGCAACAUACGGAGCAGGUGGACUGGUAGCCGACUUGGGUUAUGAUAGAGAAACUGCGGAGGAUGUCUUAGAGAACCUAAGGGAGGACAACUGGAUUGGUCGCAGCACUCGUCUGGUGCUUGUGGAAUUUGUGGUGUUUGAACCGACAUCCCGACUUUACGCUUUUGCACGGUUUACAUUCGAAAUCAAAAUCACUGGAAAGAUCCACCCGACUGUCCGCGUGGAGCCAUUGGCAUUGUAUGGUGUAGACGAUGCUGUGUACAGUGCGAUUGUAAUAGCCGGCAACGUCAUUUUAGCCGCCAUGACCAUCUAUACAUUUUUUGUUGAAGUAAAGAAGAUCUUCCAUGAGAAGCUCGCCUACUUCAAAGAAGUUUGGAAUGUUCUAGAGCUCUUGAUGGUGAUUUUAGCCAUCACAACUGCCGUCCUUUUGGUCGUGAAGUUGACUUAUGUGCAGCAUAUUAUCACUAAGGUGCAGGAAAACCCCUACAGCAGGAUGAGCUUUGACUACGUACUGUAUGGGACAGAUGUGUACAAGGCGGUCGCGGCUUCUGUGGUCUUCAUCGCGACAGUGAAACUCCUCAAGCUUCUGAAAUUCAACGAAAAAAUAAUAUCGUUUACGCUUGUCAUCAAACGCUCCAAGCCAUAUCUGCUCUCGAUCUCGUUCCUCUUUGUAGUUGUCUUCAUGGCAUUUGCACAGCUCGGAAACCUGGUCUUUGGCAACGAUUUGCUGAUCUACUCCACCAUGAUCAAGUCGUUUGUGAAUGAGUUCGAAAUGAUUCUCGGCAAAGGAGUGUUUUUCCAUACUUUAAAGGAGGUUUCCCCAAAUCUCGGCCCGUUCUUCAUCUUUUGCUAUUUUAUGAUCACUUCAUUGCUUUUAGUGAACUUCUUCGUAACAAUUUUGAAUGAUUCAUACGAAGACAGUCGUGAAGACGUGGAAAAAGAUGCUGACGCUGUAUUUGCCACUUUUAUGGCAGCCUAUCUCCGGCGAUCCCUCCACGACAUUUCGGAUGAUCUGAAGCGAUCAAGCACAAAACGUCGCCGCCUACAUCACAAUACGGACAUUGACUAUGAUUUCAAAAGAUUUGAGAAAGAAAAAGAUUUCUUUCUCUACUGACUCUCCCAGAAGGUUUUUGCCAACAUCCCUGUGAUCAAACAGCAUGUAUGUCUACGAAUAUUAAACAUUUCUGGCUCUGAUAGCGCAGAGCUUUACAGAUGUACUGGGAAUAGUAGUUGUAGCUUAAAUGGUAGUUGUAGUUGUAAUAAUCCAGUCUUACACGCAGUAUGCAAAUAUGUGCACGAAAGAAUCUAAAAGGAAUUGAAUUCAAAUGCAAGUAGAAACCAGCAAUGGGCUAAGUAAACCAACCAGCGCCACAAACUUUAUUUAGAAUUUCUGGUUCCAAUCUAAAAAGAGUUGCAUUGACACACCUCGAAAUUCUCUAGGUAGAGUCCAAAAUCUGCGAAAGAAUCUUUCUUUCUUUCUGGUAAACAAUAUAUCAAAACCGUAUAUCACCUUUAAAAUGAUAUUUGUGCCCCGCCUUUUACCCAUGGCGCGGAUCCAGAAAAAGUCUGACCUGUUUACGAAAAAAUGGUGGUGAGCUUAACCGAAGACAUGCGGCUCAUACUGCAUAACGUACUAACAUUUUGACCGGUUUGCGUAUAAACAGGAUGUAGGUAUGCACCCGCGCCCCUAAAGAGGGACCAAAUUAAAGAUGUACUUAAAACAGAGGAUUAGGCACUGGCAUGAAAAACAGUUAUUUCUGAUGAGACUGUACUUAAUUUCGAGUUCUACACCCUCGGGUUAAAACAGCAGAGAGCACAAGAUUUAUUUGUCGCUAAAAUUCGGGAAGCUAGCUAAAAGUUCUGAUUUUCUCUUAUGAAAGCAAUGAGUGACGUGAUGAAUUAUUUGCUCCUUUUGUUGCUUUUGUCUUAAAGCCUGGACUACAGGGAUUUUCGCAUUUUUAAGGUAAAUCUGCGCAAUAAAAAGGGGGACAAUGCUUUUUCGGUGAAUCCUGCUCUAAGAUUGACUAUAAUACAAAAAGGCAAACACAAGGUAAGGGAAAGGAAGUAGCCAUUCCAUUUUGUCUUGUUUUAUAGGUUGAAGGGUACUAACUUCCAUUGUCAAUUGUUAAUCUUACUCUGGGUAUGGCUGCAUAGACAAUACAUUAGUGUCACGAGCAAUCAUGUUCUAUUUUGAUACGCAGCAUCAAUUUAAUAACCUCACUUGGUAAUAAAACACCUAUCAUCAUAUAAAAAGUAUUGGAGCAUUUUUAUGACACGGCUUUUCAUAGCUAAAUUAAAUAACUUACGACUGUGACUAUUGGCCGAUUGAGAAAGGUGUUCGGAAACUACAGGAUAAGUGCGCUCUCAUGUGUCCCGAACACGGGGGACACCAAUCAAUUUUCUAAGACGUGUGUUGAUUUGUGUUAUAUUUAAUGAUUAUAUAAAGGUAUAAAAGGGAUCACUUA